GCCUUCGUCGUUACCCUUAAACCCUUCUUCCCCAAUCCAUCACCACCAUUUCCAUGUAAGACAACCAUGGAUUCCUCUCUUUUGAACUAGUAUUUUUUACUCUAAUGGUGAACAACCCACUUUCAUCUCUAUAAAUACCCUUAAUCUCCCUCUCCCUCUCCAUAUCUCCUUUCCUUUUGAUCUUACUUCAAUGGCUGCUGAUUCAGUAGUUGAGAUCGAGAAUAUGGAAGAAUCAACAGUUCAUGUUUUCAAAUCAUCAUCGGAGUUGCUUGAGAAGUUGCAUCAGAAGUGGAGUUCAGUGGAGAAGCUGCCAUAUCCAGCUAUGUAUUCCAGUGUUUAUGGUGGAAUUAUACUGGAUCCAGCAAUGAUGGUCAUCCCCAUUGAUGAUCAUAUGGUGCAUAGAGGACAUGGUGUAUUUGAUACUGCCAUCAUUCUUGAUGGAUACCUCUAUGAAUUGGAUGGUCAUCUUGAUCGAUUUCUUCUCUCGGCAUCAAGAGCAAAGAUCACGUCUCCAUUCCCAAAAUCGACUCUUUCCACCAUUCUUAUCCAGCUAACAGCAGCAUCAAACUGCAAGAAAGGAACUUUAAGAUAUUGGUUAAGUGCAGGGCCGGGCGAUUUCCUGCUUUCUCCUGCAGGUUGCCCAACUUCCGCUUUCUAUGCGAUUGUUAUAGCCGAAGAGUUCUCCCAGUGUAAAGAAGGUGUGAAAGUGAUCACUUCCACGAUCCCCAUGAAAGUACCUCUAUUUGCCACAAGCAAAAACGUCAAUUACCUUCCAAACGUCCUCACGAAACUGGAAGCUGAAGAGAAAGGUGCGUUUGCGUCCAUUUGGGUGGACGAUGAAGGGUAUGUGGCCGAGGGUCCAAACGUGAAUGUGGGUUUUGUCACCCAUGAGAAUGAGCUUAUCGUGCCUUUCUUUGACAAGAUUCUAAGUGGGUGCACCGUUAAACGGCUUCUUGAGCUAGCUCCAAAAUUGGUCGAAAAUGGGCGUUUGAAGAGCGUGAAAACCGCAAACAUAACGGUUGAGGAAGCCAAACGAGCGGCUGAGAUGAUGUACAUUGGAAGCACGCUUCCUGUACUACCAAUCAUCGAAUGGGAUGGAAAGGCUAUCGGCGAUGGGAAAGUCGGGGACUUGACGAUGGCACUAUCGGACCUGGUUUGGGAAGAUAUGGUGGCUGGUCCUGAGACACAUAGGUUAAAGGUUCCUUAUGUCUAAGAAAACCCAAAUUUGUCGUUAAAACGGGUGUCGUAUCUUUUUUUUUUAACCGUGGGUGCCAGCUUGCAUGACUAAUCUCAUAAGACCCUGAAGAUGAUAGCGAGGAAAAUCCCCUAGUGAUCUCGAGGAUACUCAAACAGGUGACCUGUGGGCACGAGCUCCAAGACCGAGCAUUUAUCUGCCGGUUGAACCGGCUCAUAACGUUUGUUUGUUGUAUUUUUGCUUGUGAGAAAUGGAAAUCAGGAUUUGAAUAAAAGUUUGGGUUGUGUUUUGCAAGUUAUUAAAUCAUUUGUAGAUUAUGAUCCAAUGUUGUGAUUGUGUUUGAUUUUUUA